AUGGUUGUGUGGUACGUCUCGGACUACGAACCUGAGAGUGAACAGUCGUCGCCGUUCCGCCGCUGGACGACGGGCAGCGGCGCUGGCAGCUCCUACCGGCAUCACGACCACCGCGGCAUUUAUAGCAAGCAGCAAAUGAGCGAAGGUUCGGUGCCGGUGCAGGGCAGCAACGGGAGCUGCGGCGGCGUGGCGCGCUGGUCCUUGGGCCUAGAGCAGCUGCUGGCAGACCCCGCCGGCGCCGCCGCCUUCGCGCACUUCUUGUCCAAAGAGUUUGCGGCCGAAAAUAUUAGAUUCUGGUGGUCCUGCGAGCAGUACAGGUGCUGCGAUGAGGACGAGAAGCGAGGCCCCCUCGCGAUGGACAUAUACCAGCGGCACCUGGCAGAGGGCGCCUCGGAGCCCGUGAACGUGGACGCGGCGGCGCGGCGCGCGGCCGCCCUGCGGCUGCACCAGGUGCCGCCGCCACAGGAUCUGUUCACUCAGGCCCAGAAGCAGAUCUUCAACGUGAUGAAGUUCGACAGCUACCCGCGCUUUCUGCGCUCGGGCGUGCACGCGGAGUGCGCGCGCGCCGACCUGCGCGGCCUGCCGCCGCCCUACGCCCCACACCCGCCCGGAGAGCCCGAAACGCCCAAGUUAAAGAAAUCAGCAUCUAACGCGUCGGAGCGUCGGCGGAGCGGGUCCCUCUUACCGUGGAAAGGAAGGACGGCGUCCAGAGAUAGGACUGUCUCGACAACCUCGAAUAACGAAGACCACAAUAUGACUGAUGUGGUGAAGACGAGCCAGUCGGUGAGCGGGCAGUGCUCGCUGUGCCGCGUGGUGCUGCCCGACGGCGCCACGUCCGUGGUGCCGGUGGACGCGGGCGCCAGCGUGCGGCGCCUGGUGGACCGCCUGCUGCAGCGCCGCAACCUGCUCUGCGGCGCCUACGACGUCGUGCUCAACGACGGGGAACAGGGGUCGGGCGCGUGCGUGGACGUGCAGGCGCCGUCGAGCGCGCUGGGCGGGCGCUGCGUGGCGGUGGAGCGGCGCUGCGUGGUGCGCGUGGCGCUGGGCGCGCGCUGCGUGGCCGUGCGCUGCCGGCCGGCGCGCCGCCUGCGCCACGUGCUGCGCCCCGUGCUGCAGCGCUACUGCGCCGCGCCCGCGCCGCCGCACGCCGUGCUGCUGGCCGGCGUGCCCGUGCACCCCGACACCCUCGUGCAGGAGCUGGACGGCAUGCGCGUGCAGGUGGUGGAGGUGGCGGGCGCGGCGCCCGAGCCCCGCGACGACGACGCCGACUCGCUCAGCGACGUGGCGCUGCGACACGACGACAACGACGACGCACAGAGCGCGUCGAGCGCGUCGAGCGGCGCGGAGGCGGCGCGCGUGCGCGCGGCGCUGCGGCCCGGCGCGCCGCUGCACCACCCGCCCGAUUUCCUCGAGAAUCUCCGCGAAACGCAAAGACAGAGGCUACAGACGCGCACCCCGCCGCCGCUGCCGCCCAAACCCGCCCAGCGCUCCGCGCCCACCGUCGUC